AUGGCAAACCAGCUAAUUCCCACGCAUGUCUUUGGCUUGAACGGGACACAGAAAGGGUGCUUGUAUUUUCUUGAUGAUGCUACAUUUUUAUAUCCAGCUGGUCACAAUGUGGUUAUUCAAACUGUGGAUCAAAAACAACAAAAAAUCAUUGCCGGCACUCCCGAUACAUAUGGAAUUACAGCACUGGCACUCAGCCCCAGCAAGAAGAUUGUUGCAAUUGCAGAGAGGGCGCCCCCGUUUAUGCUUGGUCCUAUCAUUAGUUUAUACGAAACUGUCACUUUGAAGAAGAAGAAAGUGUUAGCAGGAACAGAAUUCGUUGCCAGUACCAGAGAAUAUGUUUCGUUGUGUUUUAGCUCAGACGGGAGGUCUAUUGUUGCUCAAGCAGGUGGACCGGACUGGAAUCUUGUCGUUUGGGGUUUAGAAAAGUCAAAAGUUGUAGCAUCUGUGAAGUCUUCUAAUCAGCUUGCAGAAGUAUAUCAGUUGACAGAAACGGCGUUCAGACAAAUUGCAACAGAGAUUGUUAAGCGUGAAAGCAAUUGGUUAUGGCAUACAUGGCUCUGUGAGCCCGGGGAACACGAUGAAAAAGACCGGGACAACAAAGACCCAGCCAUUUACGUGUCAGACACUGGUGAACUUGUUUAUGUAGAGGGCGGGGAGGUACGGUCCAGUUUAAGUUGCUCGGAUGGUCCUCCAGAAACAGAGCUUACGAUAUACUACUCAAAGGGGUUUAUUUGUGGUGGCUCUGGUGGUAAAAUAUCAUUUUACGAAAAAACCGAGGAGAAAGAUGUUAAAGAAGGGUUCAAAAAAGUCUGCUCUUUCAAAGUUGACAAUGCAAAUUCAAAAAUCCGCGGCCUUGCUUUGUCACCUAGUGAAGAGUUGCUUGUUUGUACACUGGAUAACAACCAAUUAGCAUCCGUCCUAUUGCAGCAGAAAGACACAUUUAAGCCUGGCGAGGUUCCAAAGGAGGUCACUAUUCAGGCUUUCCAUACAGACAGCAUCACUGGGCUGGAUGUUUGCAUCCGAAAACCGAUCAUAGUGACUUGUAGUAUGGAUAGAAGCGUCCGAGUCUGGAACUACCAAGAUAGGCAGUGCGAAGUUGUCAAGUUCUUUCAAGAAGAAGCCUUUUCGGUUGCUUUACAUCCGACAGGAUUUUACGCACUUGUUGGCUUCACUGACAAGCUCAGAUUUAUGAAUUUACUGAUUGACGACAUCCGGAUAUGUAAGGAAAUUGGAAUUAAAGGUUGCCAGGAAUGUGUUUUCAGCAAUGGAGGACAAUAUUUUGCUGCUGUGCACGUCAACGUCAUUCAAAUCUUCUCCACAUAUACGUGCGAGAAUGUUGGAAACUUACGCGGGCACAGUGGCAAGGUCCGUUCAAUAUGGUGGUCUGCAGACGACACUACAAUUGUGUCAGCAGGAGCUGACGGUGCUUUAUAUGAAUGGAGAAUGAAAGACUUUAAGCGUAACCGAGAAAAUGUUAUGAAAGGUUGCAUUUAUACCUCCGUAACCAGUGUCACAGGCUCCCGUUCUUUCUUUGCGGUUGGAUCUGAUAGGAAGUUAAAAGAGCUGGAUGAAAACCAAGUUUUCCCCAGUGCAAUUAUGCUUACUCAAAUUGAGCUUCCUGACAACAGUCGACUAUUAUUUGCUGCCACAGAAAUAGGCACAAUGCGGACCUACAGAUUCCCUUUGACAGGGGAAUAUCAAGAAGUUCAAGCAAGCACUGCACCGAUUACAAGGGUCCGUGUUAGUCACGACGCAAAUCUCCUAGCUUGUGUAGGGGAGGAUGGAAUACUAUCAUUGUUUGAUGUCAAGGACAGGGAAAAAGCCAUUGUUUCAGUCGGUCUUAGACGUGAGAAGGAAGCACUUGGAUUUGCAGACGAGGUUCUCAUUACGAAAAGUGAUUUAGAUGACAUGCGUCAGCACAUACAAGAGCUCGAAGAGAGAGUCAAGGAACUUGAAUCAGAAAAUGAGUACCAGCUUCGCCUCAAAGACAUGGCUGCAAAUGAAAGAGUGAAAGCCUUGACUGAACAAUAUGAGCAACAGCUUCAAGGAGCACAAGAACGUCAUGAUAAGCUUCUACAACUGAAAAAUCAGGAGGGGAUAGAUAUGGAGCAAAAGCAAAUGAAAUCUGAAGAAAAACACAUCCUUCAAAUGAAAGAGUUGGAAGAGCAAUGGCAAAAGAAAAUGAUGGCAGAGGUUGAAAGAUAUGCAAGCCUGGGUCGAGAAAAAGAUGUUUUAAACGAAUCCUGGGAAGAAAAGCAUGCAAACGUUGUUCAGGGACAUGAGAGAGUUGUGCAGGAAUUGACUGAGGAGUUCGAGACAAAACUAUCCGAGGAAAACACUCUUCGAGAGCAAGUACAGGAAGAUCUCAAACAAGCUAACCGUGAUUUUGAGGAAAUCAAACACCAAACAGAAGAAGACACUGAUAGAGAAAUUGAGGAUUUGAAAGAAAAGUAUGAGGCCAAGCUUGUACAAGAAAAAGAGAUUGUACUAAGACUAAAGGGAGAGAAUGGCCUACUUAAGAAAAAGUUUAAUGAGUAUCAAAAAGAUAUGGAAGAACAAAAGGGAGAAAUUAAAGCCCUCUUUGAACAGAAAAAAGAACUUUAUCAGACACUUGCAUAUUUUGAGCGUGACAUCAAUGGGUUAAAGAAAGAUAUUAUUGAGAGAGACGAAACUAUAGGUGAAAAAGAAAAACGAAUAUACGAGUUAAAGCGGAAAACACAGGAGUUAGAGAAAGUGAAGUUUGUGCUGGAUUAUAAAAUAAAAGAUUUAAAACAUACAAUUGAGCCAAGAGAAUUUGAACUUCAAACUGCCAAAUCGCAAAUUUGGAAUAUGGAAAAAGAGCUCGAAAGAGCUCACAAUGGCAACACCCGCAAGCAGCUCACUAUUGCUGAAUUAAAGCUUAAAUUAGACGGUUUUACAAGAGAGGAUCCUGUCGGCCUUAAAGAGGCUGUGAAAGAGUUAAAUGAGAAGUAUGUAUCAAAUAAAGUGACUAUGACUCCAGUGGAUGAUGAUUUACUAGCGGAAGGGGCUCGGCAACGAGAUUAUCUAGAACGAACGGUGGAUAGUUUGCAAAGGAAACUUUCUAAAGACUCAGAUUCAAGUCAUAAAAACCAUUUACGAAUAAUGCGAGAAAAUGUAACGCUCAUAAAAGAACUGAAUGAGCUUCGACGUGAGUUGAAAGUUAUGAAACUCACCCAGCAGAAAGGUGGUCAAAGGAAAGAUGGUGAAGGAGAUUCUUUGCAAUUGGGAGCUAUUUUGCAAGGAGAACUUGAUGACCUAAAGAUGAAAUUUGACCAGGAAAGAACCAAGGAUCAACGAAUUAGAAAAGCUUCUCACUGA